AAAUCAGAAUCCCGCUCACUCCCACUUUGAACUUUCCCCAUUUCACCUUGAAGGGAAAAAAGAACCAAAGAGGAGAACGGAAAUCGCAGAGUGACACACCUUGUGAAAUAAUGACGACGAGUAUCGGAAUGAUGGAUUCUGCAUACUUCGUCGGAAGAUCAGAGAUCCUUGCUUGGAUGAACUCUACCCUCCAACUCAAUCUUUCCAAAGUUGAAGAGGCUGCAUCUGGUGCGAUUCAGUGUCAACUGAUGGACGCCGUCCAUCCAGGUAUUGUGCCGAUGCACAAGGUCAACUUUGAGGCCAAGAACGAAUACGAGAUGAUACAGAACUACAAGGUCCUUCAAGAUGUCUUCAAUAAACUUAAGAUUACGAAGCAUAUUGAGGUAAACAAGCUUGUCAAAGGAAGGCCGCUUGAUAAUCUCGAAUUCAUGCAGUGGAUGAAGAGAUAUUGUGACUCUGUCAAUGGACUGCUGAACAACUACAAUCCGUUAGAAAGAAGAGAAUCUUGCAAAGGAGGGAAAGAUGCCAACAAAAGAACUGCACCCAUGCAAGCUUUGGCCAAGUCCUCAACUGCUGCUCCCAAAAGUCAGUCCUCUCACAACAACCGGAGAAGUGAUCUUUCCACUGUCAAUGCCGCAAAUCCAUCGAUUAAGAUUGCUAGACCUGCUUCCAGUGGAGAUCCUUCUUAUGAUAAACAGAUCACUGAGCUUAAGUUGUCAGUAGAUAGCCUUGAGAAGGAACGAGACUUCUACUUUGCAAAGCUGAGGGAUAUUGAACUCUUGUGCCAAUGUCCUGAGAUUGAACACUUACCUAUUGUUGGUAUAAUCCAGAGGAUACUGUAUUCCACUGAUAACAAUGCCUCAGUGGUGGCAGAAGUUCAAGCCAUGCUGUCCCAGCACCAGAAGCAACUAGAGCCCUUGAGUCUUAAUCCUGAGGCAACAAAUGACAAGCCAAGGAUGGAGACUCAGAAGAGAAAAAAUAUAUCGACUCUUGAGUGGAUCUCCCCUUAUCAGUUGCUGAUAAUUCUGCUUGUGUGGAGGAUGUUGAUUGUAUCGGGUUGGCAAGUGGAUUACCUCUCCCUCCUUGAUCUUGUUUCUAUUCCUGAUAUGAAGUAGCAGAUACUGAACCAUCAGCACCCAAUCCAAUUGUUUGUUUGUAUGGUGUUCUAAAUGUUCAACACCAUAGGAUCAAUCCCUGAGGUCAUCCUUUCAUUCCCAUGUUUCACCACUAAUCUAUAUAUUUUCCUUUUUCCUUCAUGUGGACCAAAUAGCUGUUGGUUACAUGAUCCGAUUGCUUGUAUACGCUUGGAUACUGCUUGGUUGCCAGCUAUAUACUACUUGUAGUUCAUCUUGUAAGUACAUCAGACUUGAACGAGAUGGAUUUCUCCGAACAAAUGUUGUAAGACUCAGACCGGACAAAAAACCGGAAUUCUUGCUA